GUUUGCAGUUUAUUGUGGUGAUUUUAAGCGGAGGAGCGAGGGACUAAGAGGAUGGUGGUCGGAGAUUAGCACCAUUGUUUUUAUUGUUGAUAUUUGCAGCCUUUUUAGGCAAAUCUCGAGUAAGAAUAAAUUGAUACAUGAUGUCUAAUCUCCCAGGGAAGACUAACCCUCUAGGGAUCCUUUGAAAAGCCGCCCUUAGCAUGUAUUAUAGCCUUUUUUACCUGCAUGACAUUCCUCAAGAUGGCUGUUGCCGUUGAUCCAGGUCAUGGGUUCAGGCCCUUUGCUCGACCUCCUAGAUGCAAACUCCAGUCUUACACUGAGCUUGAUUACACAAUGCUCAACUUCAGCCAAUCCAAGCUUACAUACUCCUUGAAACAUACAUUUGAGUUCACUAACAUCCACAAAAGUUUCUCCACCCCAUGCCUAUCUCAUUCCUCUAGAGUUGAGGAUGAAUCUGAUAUCAAUGCUAGGAUUGAAAUCAUUGGUGGUUGUGCCACACCAAAAGUACGUACUAUGGUAAUUGAGGUUGCCAUAGCUAUGGCAUCUGGAGUCAAUCCUGAGCCAGUCUCUAGUGGGCUUGGUGGGGCCUAUUUUCUUCGCACUCGUAAUGGUGAUCCUAUAGCCGUUGCAAAGCCCAUAGACGAGGAACCUCUGGCAUUCAAUAAUCCGAAAGGGUUUGGUGGCCGUAUGUUUGGCCAACCAGGAAUCAAACGCUCAAUCAAGAUAGGAGAAACUGGCCUGCGCGAAUCUGCUGCUUAUCUUCUUGACCAUGGUGGAUUUGCCGGUGUCCCUCCUACAGUAUUAGUUAAAUUUUCUCAUGUCAAAUUUAAUGUAAAUAGUUCAGAACCAGUUCUGGCCCCGCUUUAUAAGAUUGCAUCACUUCAACGUUUUGUAAAUCACGAUUCUGAUGCGGGAGAUUUGGGCCCUUCAGGCUUCUCAGUCUCGUCUAUUCACCGUAUAGGGAUACUAGAUGUUAGACUGAUGAAUCUUGACAGACAUGCUGGUAACAUGCUAGUGAAGCAAGGGCAAGAGAGUUAUGCUGUGGGAAAAGCUGAGCUAGUUCCUAUAGACCAUGGAUUUUGCUUACCUGAAUCACUUGACGAUCCAUAUUUUGAGUGGUUGCAUUGGCCACAAUCCACUAUACCUUUUUCAGAGUCUGAAGUUGAAUACAUAUCCAGUCUCGAUCCAUUUAAAGAUGCAGAGCUGCUAAGAGUUGAACUUCCAGCAAUUAGGGAGUCCUCCAUUCGGAUUCUUGUGCUUUGCACAAUCUUUUUGAAGCAAGCAACGGAUUAUGGAUUUUGUCUCGCUGACAUAGGUGAAAUGAUGACUAGAGAGUUUGAAGGAGAAGAAGAGAAUUGGAGUGCAUUUGAGAACAUCUGUAUAAAUGCUAGGGCUAGCUUGAACUGUGGAAGAAGUGAUGAUAUUCUUAGCAGUGAUCAUGAUGGAGAUGAAGUUUGUGAGAUAUUCCAAUUUGAUGAAAAUGAAUAUGGUCCUAAUCAGGUUUUAGAUUUUGCUCAGAACUUACAGAAUUUUGCGGCAAUAAGUGUUAAGCCACCAAAAAUUUCAAGAUAUUCGUCGCUGAGUAUAUUAGAUGACUCGAUGAUGUUUCCUUUGAAUGAAAAUGUCAAUUGCCAAGAAUUGAGCACCGGAUUGGAUGAUAAUGCAAAUGAGGAUGAGAAUUCCAAGGCAGGUCGCUUGAUGAGAAGUGUGAGUUUCGCUUUUCCAAAAUAUAGCCAUGACGCUGAAGGAAUUUCUUUCGGGGAAAUGAAUGAUCAGGAAUGGGUAUUAUUCUUGGAUAGUUUUGAAAAACUUCUGCCAGAGGCGUUUGAGGGAAGAAAGUCCAUAGGCUUGCCAAAGCUAAGGUUGGGAUCCUCUUGUGAAUUCUGAAGAACUUUUGAAGUGAAAGAACUGCCUGUAAGUAGCAGCAUCAGUUAACUGUAUGCUAACCCGUAGAUUACAAUCGUAGGAUGUAGAUAAAAUUUUAGUGCAAGAGGAAAAGCGAUGGUAAAGCUGCCAUCCUUUCCAUCGGCACCCUUUCCUCCUCCUUCCCGUCCAUUUCCUACUUUUCUUCUUUUUCGUUUUAUUUCUGUUUCUUUAUAAUCUUAGGAGUUGUAUACUAGUGUAGAGGAUUUUCCUUUUUAUGAAUAAUCUUGUAAUUGCAGUCUUGAAUUGUGAGGCAUCGAAUCCUGACUAUUAAUUGGUUUAGAUAUGUAUAAAUAUCUAUUAAUGAUUAAUGAUUGUGUACAGUAUUCCAUCUUAUCAACCUUAUAGAAGAACAAUAAUAUCUGUUGCUAUCGAUGUGGUUUGAUUAUUUAUGUUAUGUGCAUUGAAAUUUUUUCUCUGUUUAAACAUUAGGAAGGCGGUAUAUUUCAUUUUCAUAGUGAAGUUCAUUCAGGUAGAGAAAUUCCAAUUGGAGUUUUCAGGGAUUUUGGUAAUGCUUCCAUCAAUAUUGGCUCAGUUUCUUUGGCAUCAUUACUCGCGCUCAAGUCAUGUCAGGUCGUGUACAUGGUGUUGAUUGAAGUCCUGCCAUGAGGACGAGCAGAACUCUUGUCUAGAACUUUUUUCUUCAGUUGUGUGGCCCUGACUGACAUAGGGAAAUUUAAAUAAAAAAAGUUUGCCCCGCUCCGCCCCUAAAGCUUUGUGAGGGAGGUAAAUUACGGGAUGUGCUUCAACAGGUCAAGGAACAGGAGCUGUCUGUACACUGCGCCUACAAGGAGUCCAAUUUCAUGUUUCAAGAAUCGACCCCCCAUACUGCGACUGCUAGCAAGGUGUGAGAUAACAUUACUCCUGUCAUUUGCACCACUAGACUAUGCCCCAAGGGGCGAUAUAGGAAAACUUAACAUUUAUCAAGUGAUUGCGAACUUGUAUUGGCAUCAUAAUUUACUUGUGCUCUUCUUUUCACCA